GCACCCCAGGGCGGUGGCUGCAAAUUCUACGGACCCGGUGGCCGGUUGGGCCUGGGAUGGCUGGGCCCGGCGGCUCGGCAGCCCCGAUCGGGGCCGGGGCGUUGGCAGGUGGCGCGCGAUCUAAGGUAGCGCCCAGCGUAGACUUUGACCACAGCUGCUCAGACAGCGUCGAGUAUCUGACGCUCAACUUCGGGCCCUUCGAAACAGUGCAUCGCUGGCGGCGCCUCCCGCCCUGCGACGAGUUCGUUGGUGCUCGGCGCAGUAAGCACACAGUGGUGGCCUAUAAAGAUGCCAUCUAUGUAUUUGGUGGAGACAACGGGAAGACAAUGCUCAACGACCUCCUGCGGUUCGACGUGAAGGACUGUUCCUGGUGCAGGGCCUUCACCACUGGGACGCCGCCAGCCCCACGUUACCACCACUCAGCUGUUGUCUAUGGGAGCAGCAUGUUUGUCUUUGGGGGCUAUACUGGGGACAUUUAUUCCAAUUCUAACUUGAAGAAUAAAAACGACCUCUUUGAAUACAAGUUUGCAACUGGUCAGUGGACGGAGUGGAAAAUUGAAGGACGGUUGCCUGUCGCUAGGUCAGCCCAUGGGGCCACCGUGUACAGUGACAAGCUGUGGAUCUUUGCUGGCUAUGAUGGCAAUGCCAGGUUGAAUGACAUGUGGACGAUUGGCCUCCAGGAUCGGGAGCUCACAUGCUGGGAGGAGGUGGCCCAGAGUGGUGAGAUCCCACCAUCUUGCUGCAACUUCCCUGUGGCUGUGUGCCGGGACAAGAUGUUUGUGUUCUCAGGACAGAGUGGAGCCAAGAUAACCAACAACCUCUUCCAGUUUGAAUUCAAGGACAAGACGUGGACACGAAUUCCCACUGAGCACCUGCUCCGGGGUUCCCCACCACCCCCACAGCGGCGCUACGGACACACCAUGGUGGCCUUUGACCGCCACCUAUAUGUGUUUGGGGGUGCAGCCGACAAUACACUGCCUAACGAGUUGCAUUGCUAUGAUGUGGACUUCCAGACCUGGGAGGUCGUCCAGCCCAGCUCAGACAGCGAAGUUGGUGGGGCUGAGGUGCCCGAGCGAGUGUCUGCCUCUGAGGAGGCACCCACCCUGACUGCCGAGGAGCGGGGCGGCUUCAAGAAGUCCCGAGAUGUGUUCGGCCUGGACUUUGGCACCACCUCAGCCAAGCAGCCUGCCCAGCUGGCCUCAGAGCUGCCCAGCGGGAGGCUCUUCCAUGCGGCUGCUGUCAUCUCAGAUGCCAUGUACAUCUUCGGGGGCACGGUGGACAACAACAUCCGAAGUGGGGAGAUGUACAGGUUCCAGUUCUCCUGUUACCCCAAGUGCACUCUGCAUGAAGACUAUGGGAGGCUAUGGGAGAGCCGCCAGUUCUGCGACGUGGAGUUUGUGCUGGGCGAGAAGGAGGAGUGCGUUCAGGGCCAUGUGGCCAUUGUCACUGCACGGAGCCGCUGGCUCCGCAGGAAGAUUGUGCAGGCCCGGCAGCGGCUGGCCCAGAAGCUGGAAGAGGAGGCAGCCCUGGCUCCCAGGGAGGCCCCGAGUGCAGCUGUGGGUGGGGCCCGGCUGCCCCUGUUGCGCGUGGCCAUCCGGGAGGCUGAGGCCCGGCCCUUUGAGGUGCUCAUGCAGUUCCUCUACACUGACAAGAUCAAAUACCCGCGGAAAGGCCAUGUGGAAGACGUGCUUCUCAUCAUGGACGUGUACAAGUUGGCGCUGAGCUUCCAGCUGUGUCGCCUGGAGCAGCUGUGCCGCCAGUACAUCGAGGCCUCGGUGGACUUGCAGAACGUGCUGGUGGUGUGUGAGAGCGCUGCCAGGCUGCAGCUGGGCCAGCUCAAGGAGCACUGCCUGAACUUCGUGGUGAAGGAGUCCCACUUCAACCAGGUGAUCAUGAUGAAGGAGUUUGAGCACCUCUCGUCCCCACUGAUUGUGGAGAUUGUGCGGCGGAAGCAGCAGCCGCCCCCUCGCACCUCCUCAGACCAGCCUGUGGACAUCGGCACAUCUCUAAUCCAAGACAUGAAGGCGUACCUGGAGGGGGCGGGCACAGAGUUCUGCGACAUCACAUUGCUCCUGGAUGGGAACCCGCGGCCGGCCCACAAGGCCAUCUUGGCCGCUCGCUCCAGCUACUUUGAGGCCAUGUUCAGGUCCUUCAUGCCUGAAGAUGGGCAAGUGAACAUCUCCAUCGGGGAGAUGGUGCCCAGCCGCCAGGCCUUCGAGUCCAUGCUGCGCUACAUCUACUAUGGGGAGGUCAACAUGCCGCCCGAGGACUCGCUCUACCUGUUUGCGGCCCCCUACUACUAUGGCUUCUACAACAACCGGCUGCAAGCGUACUGCAAGCAGAACCUGGAGAUGAAUGUGACGGUGCAGAAUGUGCUGCAGAUCCUGGAGGCAGCCGACAAGACACAGGCGCUGGACAUGAAACGACACUGUCUGCACAUCAUCGUGCACCAGUUCACCAAGGUCUCCAAGCUGCCCACGCUGCGGUCCUUGAGCCAGCAGCUACUGCUUGACAUCAUCGACUCUCUGGCCUCCCACAUCUCCGACAAGCAGUGCGCAGAGCUGGGUGCUGCCGACAUAUGAGGGCCCCACAGACUGCCUACCUGCCUGCCUGCCCACUGCAGACUGUACUGGCCAUGCCUGUGCCUGUGGUAGAGUGGCUGCACCUCCUGAGCCAAGGACUAGAGCGCCGAGGGCCUCUGAAAGGAGUUGAGGGGGCAUAGAGGGCGCCAUUUCACUGAGGACGCCAGUCCCACAGGAAGCAAAUGGUGCAGCAGAUCCCCUCCCUGGCCGGCAGCCUCUCCUGGUGUGGAGGUAUGGGUGGCAGGCCAGGGCUCAAAGAUGGAGACCCUGCAGGAGGAGGCAGGGGGCCUGGCCACCCUCUAGCAGUAUGGAGAGACUUGGAAGCAUGGCCAGGGCAUGGGCUUUGGGAGGCUCAGCCUUGCCCCUGUGGCCUGGGCGUGUUGUGGAUCCAGGCACUGGGUCACGUUGCUGGAGGCCCUUCCGUCCUGGGGGGGAAGCUUGGCAGAAUUGCUGCAGCACCAGGGAGUCCGCUGGGCUGCACACUGCUCCCACCCCAUCCUCCACCCACCCAGAGCUGCUGAGUGGAGACCAGUGAUAGGCAGGUCUGGUCUGACUCUGAAGAUGAAUUUUGGCGUGAAAGGCCCCGAGGUCAGCUUCCAGCCCACAGGUCAGCCAUGCUGGGCUGGGCCUGGCUUUCAGAGGGGCCACAGGAUUCCAGCCCACCUGUGUGCACAUCAGGGUUCAGGGCUGGGCCAGGAAGAAGUCAGUGGAGGUGUCCCCAGUUCCCUUCCCUGUGUCUCUCACUACGUAUUUAUUCUGUCAUAGAUAUGCCUCCAUUAAAGCCACAGCAGUGCUACCAACUA